AUGAUUCUUCUUCUUCUUCUUAUUUACCAGCGUGUCGUGCUGCUUUUUGAGGCCGCCUUUCCAGAGGAUUUGGGGCAGACUGCCGAGCAGGGGCCAGCUGGUGGGGCCGGGCAGGGCGGCGCGGUGCCCGGGGGGCAGGGCCCGGCCCAGCAGGGAGGCCCAGGCCGGCCCGGGCCUGGCGGCUCCGCUCAUGGCUCCUCCGGGGACCGAAGGCAGGACGGCAGGACGGCAGGAUGGCAGGAUGGCAGACGGGCUCUGUCCGCCCGGGCCGGCGUAUAUAUGGGGCCGAGGGCGGGGAGGAGGGCCCGGCCCAAAGGACAAUCGUUCAACCAGGCUGCGCCCUCUGCACGCCUCCCUUGCCGGCAAACUUUCGCAACCCAGGUGCUUCGCCUCAAGGGUUGCCCGGAGACGCAUCCCUGCAUCCCGGGGGCCCUGCGUCCCCUGGCCCCCCAACCCAAACCACCUGCAUCCCGGGUCCUGCAUCCACUGACCCUUCCACCCACACCAACUGCAUCCUCUGCCCCCCCCCCCCCCAACCACCUGCAUCCCGGGGUCCCAGUAUCCUCUGACCCCCCCACUCAAACCACUUGCAACCCGAGUCCCGCAUCCUCUGGCCUUCCACCCAAACCAACUGCAUCCUCUGCCCCCACCCCCGAAACCACCUGCAUCCCGGGGUCCCUGCAUCCUCUGGCCCCCCACCAAACCACCUGCAUCCUCUGGGUCCCCACCCAAACCACCUGCAACCCCUCCACUCAAACCACUUGCAACCAGGGUCCCUGCAUCCUCUGGCCCCCCACCGAACCACCUGCAUCCUCUGGGCCCCCACCCAAACCACCUGCAACCCCUCCACUCAAACCACUUGCAACCCGGCCUCUACAGAUUAUUCCAGAUCCUUCUGAAGAAUCUGGCAUUCCCAUCUCCUCUGCCUAUAACUCUGAUGACCUCACAGACAAGUUUGUUGACAAGAUAGAAGCCAUUGGAUAUGGACGACUGCAAAAGCCACCUUCACCUACUCUGUUUUCUCCUUCCCCCUUAUCCACUUCUUCUAAAAUGCCUCCCGUUAUUGGCAACAUUGAAGGAAUUUGGUGGAAAGAAACUGGAUUAAAAGGAUAUGAGGAUCCAGAGGAAUAA